UGUAAGAAGCUGGAGCCAGGUGGACGAUACGAGGUGUUUCCCGAACCACUUGGCCUCAUCGAGUUUAUCAACCAUGUACGAGACAACGAGCGUGCCCUCACGACAACCCACAUGAUCACGUGGAUCAAAGCCAACCAGCGAGCAUGGAUGAUAGACUACCUGGCCAAGAAGAAGCCCUCAUGCGCCUACGACUGA